GUUUUAGGUAGGUAGGCAUAUGAUGUUUGCCCUACAAGCAAAUGGAAAUUUGAAGACCACGAUAUGCCAGUGCUGACCCAAUUAUUACUGUCGUUACCACUGAACCCGAUCCCUGCACUUCUGGUUUAAGGUUCUGACCUCGGCUCCGAUCCUACCUAGAUACUCCAGGCACAAAAGCCACCCACUGCACUUCCGUCAUCGCCUGCUUGCCUGCCAGGCACCGGGGUUUACGUGAGCUGCGACAGCUUUCAGUGGGAGACUGCACAUCCCACCUUUCUUCAUCAUAAUCCUCUGGAAUCAUUCCUGGACACUCCUGACCCAAAAGACAUGCUGCGAUAGACCCCAGAAACUCUCCCUCUCCCUAUCUAUCUAUCUGUAUCAUUUGCCACAAUAUCAGCGACCAUGGCGACGCAGUAUGAAGUCGAGCACGGCAUCAAGGAGGCGACCCCUCCCAGGCGCCGCAGACAGAUCGACAUGUCCUCGUUCAGCUCGCAGCUGCACCAGCUAAGCGACGACCCCUCCGCGCCCGACGCGCAACGGCACAACCCCCACGCGGUCCCGACGCCCGUCGAGAUGGCCGGGCUGUUCCGCCUGGUGCAGGACCAGCUGAGCACGCUGGCCCAGGACGCCCCCGACGCGACGAACCGGGACUUCCUGCAGUCGCUGUUCGACGGCCUGGAGAGCGACAUCAUCAACCCGCCGCGCGAGGUGGCCGGCGUGUCGCAGGAGUUCCUGGACGCGCUGGAGCGGGUGCCCAAGAAGUCGCUCAAGCCCGACGACGCGUGCCCCAUCUGCGCCGAGAAGUUCCUCGACGACAAGUACCCCCUCAUCGUCGAGCUGCAGUGCCACCACAGCCACAGGUUCGACUUGGAGUGCGUCGGGCCCUGGCUGCAGCUCAAGGGGACAUGCCCCAUGUGCAGGACCGACCUGACCAAGUACGACCCGCGCAGGAAGGACACGUCGGACAGGAUCAGGAAGAUGUGGGAGAAGGAAGGCAAGCCGGCCGAGGACGACGAUGAAGAGGACGACGACCCGCACGGCUUGUAUAACUAGAAGGCGUGGCGCUUUGCGCAUGGACGGUCACAUAUAUGCAUAGAAGAGCGUGGCGCUGAGGGUUAAAGGUAAUGCAUUUAAAGACUCUUAUGAUGGGAAACCCCCAUAUCUCCAUGCAACCCAAUCGAAAUCCCAGCGGCUGGCAGGGGGUUUAACGACACAUCAUUACGCCGCUACUGAAAAAGCCCAAAUCCACGUGACGCUUCCACGCCUCCAUGCAACCUCGGCGCGAAAGGACCACGCGACACAUUCGCCCCACGCACAGGGGACGAAUCUACACCUUGCCCUUCUUCUCGGGGCUGUGCCCGUGGCUCGACUUCUUGGUCUCGUGCCUCGCCGUGCCGUGCAUCUCAGGUCCUCCCUUGUCCCCGAGGGGCUUCGACUUGUCGUGGUUCGCGCCGCUCGUCUCGAGCGGGUUCCCGCCGCCCUCGCCCUCGGCCUUGGCCUUGGCGCCCUCGGGGCUCGUGGUCGAGGGGUCGAACGCGGCGCUGGACUCGGCCGCGUCGUGGUCGGUGCCGCUCUUGCUGCCCUCGGUGGACUUGGGCUUGAGCGACUCGCGGUCCUGGUCGUCCUUGUAGGGGAGUUGCGGGCGGGGCGAGCUGUGGAGGCCCCUUGUCACGGCGGCCGGCGAGAGGAGGCGCUGUUGGGGGCUGAUGGUCUGUGGCCGGGCUUGGGCUGGCGCUCGCAGGAUGCUGCGCAUUGAGCGGAGUGAUGAUGCCAUGUCUGUGGUCUCGGGGUGCUAUGGCUUGGUAGAUGCAGGUUAAUUGACCUCGAGGUGAUGUGGCCAAAUCGAACCAGUUGUGUAUCAGAGGUGGAUGUUCUUUUCCGAGUGUGAAGGAAUGAUGCUUGAGAAAUUGGAAUCCGCAGAGCGAUCAUCACUGAAUGGUGAAGGAGGUCUUACGUCAUGGUGACCAGAGGUUCCUACGCAGUGACGAUGACCGUCACUCGCCUUGUACUUGCAUGCCUAGGCACCUUAGGCAGGUAGCUCUGAAUGCAGGCAAUGUAGAUCCGAGCUCAGACUUAUACGCAUUCUCUUUUUGGUACGCCUAGUCGUUCACUCGGAUUGGAAAUGAUGAAAGUCUACUACAGUAGAUCGUGUCCUGGCCGCGAAGACGGAACUAGCUACCCUGAGCCGAGGCCAUAGAGAUUUGUGACCAAAGUAAAUAUUGUGCAGUAUUCCUG